CAAAUUUCUGUAUGCCUAAUCACCUCUAAUUUAGUCAUAUCAUAAAAAUCUAAAAUUUCCUCAAAAAUAUCAAAUUUUUUUUUUGGUUUUUUACGAAACAGCUUUUCAGUUCCACACGUCUGCUCUGAGGACUGGAGAUCGCCGGAGGAAUAAGGAUCUCCAGAAAAAAAAGAAUACCAUUAAUUUGAUCAAGACGCGUAAACUCGUCUCAAAUUUGUUCGUGGUGUUCUACGUUGUAUUUUGGUUUAUCAAGAAACAGGAGUGAUCGAGAUGCUGUUGAUGACAAGUUUUGAUUAAAAACAUAACUAUGGGAAUCUUGUCACGCAGUAGUAGUAGGAGAUCAGAAGAGAGCAUGAAGCUUCUUACAACUGCUUUGUUUGCUAUAGCUUUUGGCAUUCUUCUUGGACUAUCUUUCCCAUCAUUAUGGAUCACUCAGACGAGUCUCCCGAGAAAUCUUCUUCGUUCCAUUGCUAUCUCACAUAGGAAUUCAGAAACUGCAACUCCUCCCAAAGCCAUUGAUAUCACAACAAAGAUAUGGGAGCCUUCAAAUCCUCGAGGCGCUGAGAGAUUACCACCCGGUAUUAUCGCAUCCGAAUCAGACUUCUACUUGCGCAGAUUGUGGGGAAACCCUGAUGAGGAUUUGAAGAAACAACCGAGAUAUCUAGCAACAUUUACAGUGGGUUAUAAUCAGAGACACAAUAUAGAUGCAUAUGUUAACAAGUUUUCAGACAACUUUACAAUUGUUCUGUUUCAUUACGAUGGGAGAACAAGUGAGUGGAAUGAUGAGUUUGAGUGGUCAAAGAAUGCAAUACACAUAAGUGUCAAAAAGCAGACAAAAUGGUGGUAUGCAAAGAGAUUCUUGCAUCCGGACAUUGUAGCACAGUACGAUUAUAUAUUCAUAUGGGAUGAAGAUCUUGGAGUCGAUCACUUCAACGCAGAAGAAUACGUACGCAUAGUGAAGAAGCAUGGCCUUGAGAUUUCGCAGCCUGGUUUGGACCCAGAGAGAGGGUUUAAUUGGCAGAUCACCAAAAGAAGAGAACAUAGUGAAGUCCAUAAGGAAACAGAUGAGAAACUAGAUUGGUGCUCUCAUCCUCCACGCCCUCCGUGUGCUGGAUUUGUGGAAAUCAUGGCUCCUGUCUUCUCAAAAAAUGCGUGGCGCUGCGUGUGGUAUAUGAUCCAGAAUGAUUUGGUACAUGGUUGGGGUCUUGACUUUGCACUCAGAAGAUGUGUUGAGGAGCCUGCAUAUGAGAAGAUAGGAAUAGUAGACUCUCAGUGGAUCGUUCAUCAAUUUAUCCCUUCCCUUGGCAAUGAGGGAAACUCAGAGAACGGGAAAGCGCCAUGGCAAGGGGUGAGAGAUAGAUGUCAAAUGGAAUGGAAAUUGUUCGAGAAAAGAGUAGAAAACGCAGAGAAGGAUUAUUUCAAAUCGUUACAAGUUGAAAGCCCAUCCAAUUCAACCACCUCUCGAUAGGACCUUACCAUAUAUUAGUAGUUCUUGUAGCCAGGAUAAACUUCUGAGGUGCUAUAUAUACUAUAUAGACUGUUUCAACAUAUAUACAUUUUUACAGGUUAUAGAUGAA